AUGGACACCGCAUAUUCGGCGGAAAUUAUCAACAAAUUCAGCAAUCUAAAUCUGCGCAACAAGUCCCCCAAGCAGCCGGAAUAUGGCAAACUAACGCCCGAUCAAAUAAUGGAUAUCCACCGACCCGACGAGAACCGACCGAAGUCGGCCUUUGUUCCUGCGGUUUGUAACUUUCAAACCGCCCGGAAGAUGGCGCAGGAAAAUCUCGAACACCAACCGCUACCGGACGCUGUCAUGGACAUAGCCUUCCGGAAAGCGCAGGUUGCCGGUUCGGCGAAUCCCGGUGUGGCUUUGGAGGUGGGCCCCUAUGCCACAGCCGUUGGUUGCAAAAACUACAAAGCCGGACCGACGAAGUGUACCAAAUACAGAGUUUACCGUCCGAAAACAUGUGGAGUUAUCCCGAAACCGUUGAGUGCAUCCGGUUUGAACGAACGAAUACCGGAAUUCAAGAAGCGUGAAAAAGUUUGCCCCAUGGAUUUGGCCAUAGGGUGGGAUUAUCGCACCAAACGGGAGCCGAGUCGGGCAAUGUUCAUGGAUGGUUCAAAACCUUCGGUUGCUCCACCGAUUUUCGAAGUGGUUGAACCACCCAAAGAUCUUAAUCUACCGAAUGUGGUUCACUCCGGAGGAGUGUUCUCGAACACGCUCGGCGAGGAGGACUUUUUCGAUCGGGACAUAAUACGGCAGCACGACGAAUACACGCAAAACUACAACUUGGCCAACCGCUGCAAGUGCAACGGCAGUGCCAAGCCGAGAUCGGCCAAAUCCAACCGAUCGGCUAAAUCGGAUCGGCAAAUUGUGGCCACCUCAAACGAACAACCAAACAAAGUGGAACAAAGUGGUGCCGAGCUGCCGGAUCUGGUUCAGCAGCAGCGCCCGAAAGGUUCACCGAACGUGAUGCAGGAAAUUCGCUCGCAAAGCUCCAGACAGCGUACGCCGGUUGACGGUAAGCAAAGCAAAGAUAGCAACAAAAUACCCCGGCUCUGCCACAGCAACAAUGCCGCACCGGGUGACGAGUUUACCUACAAGGUGCAGCAUGAGUUCCGGUGUGCCUUCAAGGCGGGCAUCCCGCAGAGCAACUCGUCCGGAACGGUCGCCAGCUUUGACAGUGGUAUUUCCAACUGCUCGCAGAAAAAUGAACCGAAAAAAUUGAACGUCCCGAAGCCGCGGGAUCCGUACAUUAAGAAGAACUACAUUAUCGAUACGUUGGCGCCUCCGUUUGCCUUUUGGAAAAAGGGUUCCGGCUAUCCGGACUAUUGGCGGCUGGUCAGCGUGUAUCAGCACGCUUACAAGCCCGCGGAGAAACGAAAAUAUCCACUGCUAAAGACGGUUUAUCAGUAG